ACGACAUGCUUUUCACCGACACCAAGCACAUUUUCGUUUGUGUUUUAAGUGAGGUCGACGCGCUUCCUUGGGCUUGCUGUUGUGAGAUAGUGGAAACUUGUGUGUGACCUUGUGACAUUUUGAGUUAUGAGCCACGCGGACAUUAUGAGAUACCUGGUUGUUUCGGCUUGUCUGCUCACCUCCAUGCUGACCAACGGUGUGGCAAAGGCUUCACAACCGUCCUACUGCACCCUUCCCGCAAAAACUGGGAACUGCCGUGCCGCCAUGACCCGAUACUACUACAACCCAAGUAGCCAGUCAUGUCAGUCAUUUAUUUAUGGAGGUUGUCAGGGAAAUGAAAACAACUUCCGCACGGAGUCUCUGUGUCGAGCGGCGUGCGUGUGUACUCAGGCAGCAAAUAGAGGUAACCGUUGGGGGUGGGCAUGCUUUUCUUCAAGACCCUAUUUCUAUGACGUAGAUAACGGGCAAUGCAAACGAUUCGGCUACAGAGGCUGCAACGGAAAUCCGAAUCGUUUCUCAAACGCCGAUCAGUGUAGUUUGGCAUGUCUUACGUCACAAUGUUUUCUUCCGCGGGAAGUAGGACUCUGUAGAGCUGCCUUUGGGCGUUUCUUCUACAACACCACCAGCCAGAAGUGUGAAAGCUUUCUCUACGGUGGCUGUCAAGGAAACCUGAAUCGAUUCGACACAGUGGAAGAAUGUGACAGAAAAUGCACCACGCCUAUUCAGAAUGAAGCGAAUACAAAUCAGAAUUUCGAAGACACGAUUUGUUUACAAGAAAAAAAGAUCGGUACUUGUCGCGCUGCUUUCCCCAGGUACUUUUAUAAUUCUAAAACAAACAGAUGCGAGUUUUUUUACUACGGCGGUUGUCAAGGAAACGAAAACAACUUUGCAUCAAAGUCUGCUUGUACGAGUCGGUGUAUGAGGCGGCGUAACAGAGGCAAGAGGGCCACUCUUGGUAGGAUGACUAGAGAAGAUUGCCAACUUCCACCAGACCAAGGAAACUGCCGAAACUUCGAGAAAGCUUUUUAUUUCAAUUCCAACACACAGAAAUGCGAGGCGUUCACUUAUGGCGGCUGUUUGGGGAAUAAAAACAGGUUUGAAUCCGUGGAAAGUUGUCAAGCUCAAUGCAUGCCUCCAGGACAAAACAUCAAGAAUUCAAUUAUUGGUGGAGGGUUGCGUGGUUUUAGAAAUGCUCACACGCCUAAAUUGGCGAGUACGCUGUUUGGGGGUUCUUUCCCUCCUCUUCUCAGUCUCUCCGAUGAUAUUCGUACAACUCUAACUAAACCUUCCUCCCCUGGCGAUGGAACUGACGGGGCCACUAAAAAUGCUGCAAAAUCACAAGAGCCCGCAUUGAAUCACUCCCAGCUUUUCCCCAAAGUCAGACCUGUAUGCAAGUUACCCAAAGACAGAGGUCCUUGCUUGGGCCUCAUGGAAGCGUAUUACUACAACUCUGGUGCAAAUGAAUGUCAGAAAUUCAUGUACGGAGGGUGUCUCGGCAACGGGAAUCGAUUUCCAAAUAAACUCUGGUGUGAACUCACCUGCAAGCAGACGAUGAAACAGAAUCAGUCAAGUUACCCCUCAGUGUCCUCAGAUUGCCAACUUCCGCCAGAGACAGGCUUGUGUGAGGGAUUCUUCAGCAGGUUCUUUUACAACUCUCGCACAGUGUGAACAGUUUGUGUAUGGUGGCUGUGGAGGCAACAGGAAUCGCUUCCAUACCAACUCAGAGUGUGAAAAACAGUGCGGGCAGCAAACAGUUGAAAAAAAAGGA